AUGCAGAAGACGGAGUCGAAGGAUAGCCAGACAAGCACGAAUGAUGGGUAUGCAUUCACUCAGCUGCCUCACGUCUGUCUUCCUGGACUUUGUUUCCUGCAAGGUGAUUACGUAGCAGUUGAUGCGCUCUGCAGUUUCGAGAAGGGCGUGAAGAUCGGCUUUGGUGGAGACUGUCCUGGUGUUGCAGGUGCAGAGCAUGAGACAAUCUCCAUGACGAGUUGUGCCGUAUCUCUUUGA